AUGUCCGAUAACAACCUGCUACAAACGUAUAAUUGUGAUACGCAAUACGAAGAAAACGAAGUACAAUUUUCUCGCACAGUUCCAGAUGAAGUAAUCAGUGUAUACGAGGUAUUUGUAAAAGAAGAACCUAAAGAUAAUAUUGUAACAGAGAAUGUUCAAAUUAUUCCUAGCGCACCAUCUUCGAACGAUCAUCAAUUAAUUCAAGGUGAUUUACAUAACUCAAUGAAUUUGGAUACAAAUAUUGACACUGAGGUCAUUAAAGUUGAGAGUACAGUCAGCAAACUUCUUGGAAAGGAUGCUUUAAAUUAUAAAAUUUUAGAACAAUGCAUUCCUACGAACGAUAAUAACGUUGUCGUUUACUCACAUCCGAUAACUGACGGUCCAUCUUCUUCUACGACUCGUUUAAUCGAUAAAGAUGAUAUUAGAUCAAGACUACAUUUCGUCAAACGUAUAAAACGCGAUGGGAAAACGAUCAAAAUUUGGGAAUGCGGAAUUUGUGCUAAAGAAUUUCGUCAUCAAUAUACAUUGAUGCGGCAUUUACCAACUCAUACCGACGAAAGAAAUUUUAAAUGCGAAAUUUGUGGUAAAGCUUUUCGUCAAUUGUCAACUUUAAGUCAACACAAAGCCAUUCAUAGCGACGCGAGACCGUACGUCUGUGAAUUUUGCAAAAAAACAUUUAAUAGAGUAUCUACGCUAAUCUCGCAUAGGAAAACUCAUUCUGAACACAAGCCGCACAAGUGUCAUAUAUGUGGGAAAGGAUUUCAUCAAAAAGGUAAUCUAAGAAAUCACGUUUUCACACAUACGAACGAGAGGCCAUACAAAUGCGACAUUUGCGGGAAAGGUUUUAAUCAAAUGUCGAAUUUAGUGUGUCAUAAAGUAAAGGCACACGCGCAUGCUGAAAAAAUGCAAUAUACGUGUACAAUUUGUGCCAAGGAAUUUCCAAGAAGAUUUUCAUUGAGAUCGCACGAGGAAUACAAACAUGGGAUUAAAUAUCGGCAGCCAGUUUGUCCGCUGGCCGGAUCAAAUAAUCAGAAUAUUAUUAAAAAUAAAAAUGUCAGAAUAGUACAAUUGCCCGGUGAAGAAGGGAAUAAAAUGCUGGAGAACGUUUCUUCGACAAGUAGCGAUAAUAUAAAAACAACUGAGAGAACUAAUUCUAUUGGAACUAGAAAUCUGGAUAAUAUAAAAUCUAUACAAAUACGUGUGCCUAUUGUAAAUUCUGUCAUUCAAAAAGUCGAACCCGAUGGAAAAUCACGUUUUACUAUUGAUUCUGGAUCCGAAUCUCAUCAAGGUGUAUCUACAUCAUUAGACGGUCAAUUUAUAUAUUCGGAUCAUAUCGGAGGUGAAUCACACCGUUCGUUUGAUCCAUCUACAAUUUCUUCGACCGAUGAGUAUAAUGAAUUAUUAGAUCUUGCUGUACAAGGUGGGAUACAAUUUAUUCGUGCAACUGAAGAUGGUGGUUACGAGUUAAUGACGAGUAAUGAAGCUCGCAAUCUUAUGGUGCACAAUUCGCAUGAGAUGACAAUGUUUAAUAGCGAAGAAUCGGACGCUAUCAAUGCUGUAAAUUUACAUAGCAAUAAUGAUAUAAUCAUGAGCGAUACAAAUAAUCAGAUUACGGCUUUAAAUUCUAAUUCAUCGCGGAAGCAAUUGCCGAUGGAUUCGAUUGAGAUAUUAGAGGAUAAGGAAAUCAAUAUUUUGGAAACCAGAUGUCUCGAUGAACGUUUUAUGAACGAUCAUAACUUUUUACCACAACCCAAGAUUGAUGAUUUUAUUCUUUGUUCUAAAUCUUUGGGUAUUGAUCAUAAUAGUAUCAAUAUUACGCAACACGACGCGCGCGACGAAGAUUUAGAUGUAAUGUCAAAUCAUCACGAUUUUGUGAAUAUUCUUAACCAUAAGAAUGAUAUUCCUGGAUUGUCAAGAGACACGAGUACCUCGUUUUUAUAUAAGGAUCAUUCAUCUACAUCCAUGAUAAAUAAUACCUUACCUCUCCUUAAGCCUAAUCAAAGUAUAUCAGAAGAUAUGAUUAUUAUUAACAAUACUAUAUAUGAUCAUGCAGAAUGUGAUUCAAAAAUGAAAUUACCAUUCGAUGAAAAUGAUCACAAUACUGGAAUGAUACCCUUCAAUCAUCCAGAAAUAAAAAUUCUUGAUUCAGAAAAUCAAGCUAAUACGAAGUAUACUUUGUCACCAGUUUCAAAACUUUAUCCAAAUUUUUGCUAGGUGAAAAUUUUAGGACCAAAAAAUCAUGGUCAAGAAUCAAUAGGAGCACAGUUUCAAGAUCUAAAAAUGUUCUCUCCUUACGAGGGUCUUUUAAAAAAUUCGAAAGCAUCCUUAAGUAUGCGCGAUAAUAACUUAAACAAUGUGCGUAAAAAGGAAGUAAAAAUACUUGGAAAAAAAUUUGAAAUAGAUGUAAUCAGUGGAGAAAAUGACGGCGUUAUGAAAUUUAUGGAAAACCGAAAAUUUAAAUUGGAUAAGAAUCAAGACACUUGCAAUCGCGUAGACAAUGGAUUGAUGUCUCCAUCAUCGGUAGAUAGGCCGGUUACGGAAAAUAUUGAUCAAAACUGCUUCUCUCUUCAAGUUUGCAGUCCGCGCAGAAACAAAUUCAUGAAAUCAAAGAAUCCUCUUAUUGGUAAAGGUAGCUCAUCACCUGAUAUCCACUUCAAUGAUACGCGGGACAUUUACAACCACAACAACAGCAACAGCAACAACGUCACUAAAAACAGCAGCAGUUAUACCAAUUGUGCUCUACCAGAUUUGGAUUCCUAA